UCUCUCUCUCUCUCUAUAUUUUAGUAAAUGGUUACGGACAUCCCAAUCCGCGGUUCCUCGUGUACAUUCACAGACGUUCACGCACCUCGCCUCUCUUCCUCUCCCGACCAUCUCCACCCCCGUAUAAAAGCCCGAAGGGUGUGAAAAUCUGGUCACUUUUCUUGGGGGAACGCAGAGAAGCGAAGAGAAGAGAAGUGGAGAGAAGAGAAGGGAUGGCUGCGGAGGUGAGCAUGAGCAGAGUGGUGGAGUUCUUGAAGAAGAAGGACGACGAUAAACCCCAGCCCGUGCCCCUGCUGAUGCUCCACCACCACCUUCACGGCCCCCGGCAUGGAAUCCGCGCCCCCAUGACUCGAGACUUGCUUGGCCUUGAGUUCCAGUCGUCCCACGAGCUGGUCGACCUCGACUUGCACGUCCCUUCUGGCUGGGAAAAGCGCCUCGACUUAAAGUCAGGGAAGGUGUACAUCCAACGAUGCAGCCCCCAAGCUCUGCCCUCCACGUCCAACCACAAGCACCAGCCCAUCAAUUCAGCACCUCCUCAGUUUCAGGACCUGAAUUUCCCUCCUUCGCCCUCCAAGCUUGCUUUCAACGGCUCCGACGACGCCUUCUUGGACCUCAAGUUGCUCACGUCUUCUUCGCCGUCUACGUCCUGCAAUUACCAGAGCGUCUGCACUCUCGAUAAAGUUAAAUCGGCGCUCGAGAGAGCGGACCGAGGACUGGCCAGGAAGAGAUCUCCGUUUUGGAAAUCGUCGUCGUCCCCUUUGAAUUCGUUGACUUCAUCUUCGAUCAAGGAGGCCCCCCGAGAGGAGGACAGCAGUCGAGAGAUGUCGGCAGUUGCAGCCGGCUGCCCCAGCUGUUUGCUUUAUGUAUUGAUCUCCAGGGACAAUCCCAAGUGCCCCCGUUGCAAUUCUGUUGUUCCAAUGCCGAGCUCAAAGAAACCUCGCAUAGAUCUCAACAUAUCAAUCUGAGAGAUGGAUGACCAGUUAAUGCUAAUGAUCAGAUUGUUCCCCCACCCCCCCUUCUUUUUAAUUUUGUAAAUGAGAUCUAAGAGGUUUACAAAGAUAGAUUUGUAUCGAGUAAGGUGUAGAAUGUACAUACAUUUUAGAGGGCACUGACCUCCUUAGUGCGGUACAGCUGAUAGCAAGACCUUUUCUUCUUUCAGCUUUUCAAUAUAAAUGAUAGGUUUGUUGCAUGCACAAUAUAAUCUUAAAAGACUUAUGAUGAAAA